AUGGGACCCGAGAGGGAGGGGGUCGCGCCCCCGCUCCUGCCCGCCAGGAGGCCCACGCUUGGAAAACUUCGCCGGCGCGGGGGCGGGGCCUGGCGCUGCCACGCCCCGCGCGGCGCCGGCGCACUGACGCCAGGGCUGCAGACGACGGAAGCUGGACAGUCGCGCGUCGUUGCCGGGCAACUGUCCAGCGCGGGCCGAGGAGACCCCCCGCAGCCUGCUGCGCCCGCGGGCGGAGGCGGAGACUUGGCCGAGGACACGCCCCUGUGCUGGACCGUUCGCCCAGACGCGUGGAGGAAGAAGCCGGGCAGCGGCUCCGGUCACUUUUGCCUGGGUGACCAGGCUGUGUAUGCGGUCUGUGUCCGUUCCGCAGCGACAGUGGACCCACACCAGCCCAUCCGUACUCCCGAGGGAGCCGCCGGCAGCUGCUGGGCGGCGGGCGAGCAGGCAACCCCGUCGGGCCCUGUCCAGCCCCGGGCAGCUCCCGCACAGCGGUGUGGAUGUCUCCUGAGCAUCUUCCCAUCGCGUCUAUGCGGGCUUGGCGGCACCAACAUGCAAGGCCAGCGGGAGCUGGGGGGAGCACCUGGCCACGUGCCCCCUCUCUGCGCGUUUCUGAGUGACCUCGCAGAGCAAGCAGGCGGGGUUUCCUUCUGCCGGGUUUCUGAAUACAGCGGUGCAGGCUCGGCACCUGGGACACAGGGCGGUGACGCUGUGGGGUGGGCGAGUCCCCGCUCCCUUCUUCCCCCGCCCGAUGGGGAUGGGGAAGCCAGGAUCUCUGGGCGCAGCGGAGAGGGCUUGUCUGCCUCCGCCAGGGGUCCAGACCUAGGGGAACACAGCGGUGCCUGGGGAGAGUUUGAAGGCUUUCGGGAAUCCUCAGCCAGGUCUGAACAAUUCUCUCAGUCCUUUGAGCUCCCGGAGAGGCCCACAGAACCUCAGCCGACGAGAACCAUUUCUGCCCAAAAGGAGCCUGGUUCUCACCAGUCUCACCAGGGUGGACCUGGGGUGACAGGAACCAGCGCCAUCACACCUUCUGAGCCUAUUGUCAGCUAUGAGAAGAUUUUUAGGUUCGCUUUUCAAGAAGUACCAGUCCCACAGGCAACUGAAGAUGUUUCCACCUUAGACCAUUUCUUAGAAACAGGCAAUGAAGAAAAACUUGGCCUUGAAUCUGUGCAUAAACUGUGUUCUGAAUCCAGAAAACUCUGGAGAGCUCUUCAGAGCACCAGGACCGUGAUGACUUCCCGAGGCCUCUGGAGCGAGUCCCGUUGCCGGGAAAACUUCCUUCUUGUUCUCGGAAUAGAUGCUGCUCAGAAGAGCCCUUCGGAGGGCCCGGGACGCACUCUGGGAGACCCUGGCCUCCACGAGCCUGAAGAGCUCGGCUUCCGCCUGCACCGCUGCAGAGCCCUGAUCCAGACCAAGUUCCCAGGGACGCCGGGCGGCAGACAGGGCAGCCUGAUCACGUACAGCCUCUUCCUCAAGACCCCCAUACACGGAAAUGGACAAUACAUCACAAUUCCAAGGAAAAAGAUUUUCAGUCCUCGUAACCUAAAAAUGGCAUUGUUUAACAGUGACGUUUGCUAAAGCGGGAGGACUUUGUGUCUUGA